GUGGCGCGCGCCUAGCUCUUUGAGGACUGGAAGGUCUCCCAUCCAGGGUCGCAGAGAUGCACGUGGCGCGCCCUCGGGCUGUGUUUGAAGGCAGCGUCCGGCCGAGACCCGCUCCCUGCAGAUGGUGAGCUGCUUGCUCAAAAACUUGAGGGGUCUAAGCACGCGGGAGCAACGGGUCAGCACGUAGAGCUGCUGCUACCUUCUCCCGAAUACGCAUCCCCGGACCCGCCUCUGCAGAGGCGCUGACCCUGGCGCCCCCGGAUCUGGGCGGGAGGUGGCGGGCGGGGAGGCGCCAGCCUCGAAGGGGAGGGGCGCGGGUGGGCGGCCGCCGGCUGCCCACUGUCCGUCGCGGCGCCGGGGACACUCCCGCCACCUCCGCUCCAUCCCCUCUGGUCUCCCGGAGUGUGGGCAGGGCUGUCCCGGGGCUUCCGUGGGCCCGGGCCUCUCCCACUUAAGGAGGAAAAAGCAGGGGAAGCCCCCGGCGCCCGCCGCCUCCGGAGAGCCGCGGAGCCCCCAGCCGUGCAGCCCCUGAAGACGAGCCCGGGCGGGGCCCCGGUGCGUCGUGCCUGUCGCCGUCCGUGUCCGGAGCGGCGGCCUGCGCUCGCCGGCUCGGCGCCGCGAGCCCCCAACCGCGGGCCGUAGGGGCCCCACCCUACGGGGCGUGGGCAACGGCCGGCGGAGGACGAGCGGAGCAGCCGUCGCGGGGCCUCGCCGCGGCCUCCAGCGCCCCAGCCCCGGGGAAUGCAGUGGCCCCCGGCCCCUGGCGCCUCUCUGUGCCUAGGCUGGGCCUCCUCGCUCGCCUGUUCCGCGGCCACGACGCUCCUGAGCCGCGCCGGCUGGGCCCCCGUCAUGGCGGCCAAGUGGUUCAAGGAGUUCCCCCUGAACCUGAAGACCGUGUCGGAGCGGGCCAAGCCCGGCGGCGGGGCAGGCGGCAAACUGCGCAAGAACUCGGAGGCGGGCGGCGCGGGGCCAGCCCCGGGCAAGGGCCGCAAGAACUCGGCAGCCGAGCUGGGGAGCGGCCGGGCGGGGGUCGGUCCCCCCAAGGACAGCCGGCUGUCUCGGGACAGCCUGCAGGGUCUCAUUCAGGCCGCCGCGGGCAAGGGGCGCAAGAACUCCCGGGCCGCCGAGGAGGAGCCCCAUCGGGGCGCUGCCAAGAGCACAGGCUGCAGCACCUACAUCAACAGGCUCAUCAAGGUGGACACUCAGGAGAAGAAUGGGAAGACCAACUACCCCAGCAGCAGCAGUAGCAGCAGCAGUAGCAGCAGCAGCUCUUCCUCCGCGUCCUCUUCCCCUUCCUCCCUGGGCCCCGAACUGGACAAGGGCAAGAUUAUUAAGCAGCAAGACACGGUCAUCAUUUUAGAAGACUAUGCUGACCCUUAUGAUGCUAAACGGACAAAAGGUCAAAGGGAUGCAGAGAGAGUAGGAGAGAAUGACGGUUACAUGGAACCCUAUGAUGCACAACAAAUGAUAACAGAAAUCAGACGACGAGGUUCCAAAGACCCGCUGGUGAAGGCUCUUCAGCUGCUCGACAGCCCCUGCGAGCCCGGGGAGAACGGCCUGAAGCCCGAGGCUCUGGCCAAGAGACGGGGCUCCAAGGAGCUCGCCGGGAAGCCGCCGCAGCUGUACGACACGCCCUACGAGCCAGCGGCCGAGGGCGUCCCGCGCGCGGAGGCCCCCGAGCGGAAGGCGCGGCCCCCCGACGGCCACAGCCGGCUGCCCCAGGACGACGAGAGGCCCGCGGCUGAGUACGAGCAGCCCUGGGAGUGGAAGAAGGAGCAGAUCGUGCGGGCGCUGUCAGUUCAGUUUGAAGGCUCUGAGCGACCUUCCAUCAAGGAGGAGUCUGUGAGGCAGCACCACCGACAGAAGAGCUGGACCCAGAAGAUCUUGAAGCCAAGCCUCUCUGACCACAGUGAGGGGGAAAGAGUGGACCCAGCCCUGCCACUGGAGAAGCAGCCUUGGUAUCAUGGUGCCAUCACCCGUGCUGAGGCUGAGAGUCGACUACAACCCUGCAAAGAAGCUGGGUACUUGGUUCGGAACAGCGAGUCAGGGACCAGUAGGUACUCCAUUGCACUAAAGACGAGUCAAGGCUGUGUCCACAUCAUCGUGGCUCAGACCAAAGACAACAAAUACACCCUGAAUCAGACGAGCGCUGUCUUCGACAGCAUCCCGGAAGUGGUACACUAUUAUUCCAACGAGAAGUUGCCCUUCAAGGGGGCAGAACACAUGACCUUACUCUACCCUGUACACAGCAAGCUGCACUAAGGUUCAGCCACCAAAAGCCCCGGCGGGGCCUCUUGCACCUCGGAGGGCAUCCGCACCCAACCGGCAUCUCAGGAGACAGGGCUGAACUGCACCACAGUAUUUGGGAGGAAGCGGGACUCUUCAUUUAGAAGUCCAAAAAUCUUUGACCUUGAAUCCAUUCUGUGACACUUGGUUCCUGACCGGUCCCUUUUCUCCUUGCUCAGUCGUUCCACAAUAAGAAACCAGCAUGGACCAGUUGCCUCCACUCUCUGGAGUAGGGUGUUCUGUUUGGGGCAUGACCCUCAGGAAAGGUAAGUCCAGAGUCCAGAGAUAGGAAGGUUGUCCAAGAAUGUGCCAGCUGUUCCCUGGAAUGCCUGGUCUCCAAACAAACCAACACAAAUGCACUUGGCUUUGACAUAAGACAAAACAAUGAUCAUGUGGGCUCAAAGAACAGGUAAUACAGGAGCCCUUCUCGGGGAAAAGCAUGAACAGUGGAAAAUAAGUUAAGUGGUAGGCAUUUUGGAGAAAGCUGUCUUUCUCUCUCGAGGGUCCUAGCUAAGCUCUGGAGUGCAUGAAAAUUCACAGCGUUAGGGUCUGGCCAAAGGAUUAUUUUGUCAGCCAGCCUUCUAAGAAAGUUUGUGUUUUCUCAGUCUCUGAGGACUUUUUCAUCAUUUCUCAGCCAAUCAGUAAUAUAAGCAUAAAUAGGAAGGAAGAUAGCCCCGAUUUAAGAAUCACCAAUAUAAUUUAGCAUUGGCAGCGUUACCGUCCUUCUGAAUCACAGGAUAAAAUACACAACAAAGAUUUCAUUUUUUAUUUUUAGCAAAUCUGAAAGUCUGCAAAACAAAUUUACAAUGUAUUUUUAUAUUGGAUGCUUCUACAGAACUUCUCAAAUCUUUUGUUUCCUCUUUUGUGCAUUUUAGUUGUUAUUGGAACCAUUUUUAAUUUUUAAUCCCUAAAAUUGGAUUUGCUUUGUAUUUUUAGAGUAACUUAAAAAAAACAAAAACUCUCUAUAAAACCCUGGGAUCUGAUUGUGGGAACUGAUUCUCUAAAGCCCGUAAGGUUUCUCUCAUGCUGUACAAAGCAGACCAGUUUGCACUGCAUAAAAAUAUUUCAAAAGACUGAAGACUUCUUUAACUACUGUUGCUUAAAGAUAUUAAAAUAAUAUUCAUAGCAUUGUUAUCUUUAUGACUUAACCGUGAACUUAUAUCACCAAUGUACUUACUGUGAAAAAAACCUGCGGGAAUGGCGUACUGUGAGAAGCUACAGUGAGGGUCUCUAUAAUUACAACUGCGCAGAUGUUUCUGUAUUCUGGGCUUUGUAAUUUGGUUCUUAAAACUGGUCUAGAUACAAAUGUGCUGCCUGUCAUCACCGAAAAGUUAACUUUGGUAACUAAUAUUAAAUGCACAAAAAAAAAAUGUUGAUUUGGGUUAAUUUUUAGGGAAACAUAUCCUUCUAGUUAUCAGUCAUCAUUUACUGUUAUAAUUAGAGAUUAGUACAUAUUUGCUUCUUUAUUAAGAUCGUAGCCAAAGGGUCAUGAUUUUGAUUUUAAAAAUUUGAAAGAAACUUUUUCUCACUGGAUCGCAACGAUUUUUGUAAUGAAUGUUCUGGAGUUCUCUUGUGGCAGAGUGGGUUAACGGUCCCACAUUGUCACUGCAUUGGGUUGGGUCACUGCUGUGACGUGGGUUUGCUCCCUGGCCCAAGAACUUCCACAUGCUACAGGCAUGGCUUGGUCCAAAAAAAAAAAAAAGGACUGAUAAAACUUUUGCCUUUUUUUUUUCUUUUGGGUGGCACCUGCGACCUAUGGAAGUCCUCAGGCUAGGAGGUGAAUCGGAACCAUGGCCACAGCAAUAAGGGAUCCAAUCCAGGUCUGCGACCUGCACCACAGUUCAUGGCAACGCUGGAUCCUUAACCCCCUGAGCGAGGCCAGGGAUGCAACCCGCAUCUUCAUGGAUCCUUGUCAGGUUCAUUAACUGCUGAGCCAUGAAGGGAGCUCCCCAAUAAAACUUUUUAAAUGUAUUGUAUGUACUAUAUCUUUAGCACAAGAUUUUUUUUUGAAUUUUUAGCAUCCAUAAUUGCAAUUCAAUAUUUAUUAUCUUCCAUAUACAUUGUGUUAGACUUAUCUUUAGUUCAACAUUCUAAAAAUGAAACUUUAUUUUUUACUUAAACUUAUUCUACAGAGGAAAUACAAUAGUUAUCCUAAUUUUAAUAAACGCUAAAUGCUUUGUAAAAUUUUUCUUUGUGCACUAAAUGAUUUUGGCCCACACCCAGCAACUGUGAUGAAUGUAAUAAUGACAUGACAUUUUGAAAGCAGGCCUGAUGCAUUAAGUAUUUAUUGAGCUUCUAUCAUACGCUUAGUAUUGUACUUUCUCUAUACUGUUUUUCUGUGACCAUCCUGAUGUUUUCUUUACAUAAUUAAAAGUGGAGAUGUGGAGUUUAUAUAUAGUCCGGUUGCUUCACAGUUGUACUGGAGGUUAUAAUAAGAAGGGAUACAGUAAAUUAGUUGUGGGGGGGCGGGGUGUAAGCUACCAUUUUCUUCUUAAGGUUGUGACACUAGCUGACAAAUCCAGGGAAUUCACAGCUGGGUGAUGGCACAAAGUACCGUAUGUUCUAAAAACCAUUCGGCCCAGCAGGGUGUCCCUAAUGGCUUCCUUGUUAAGCCUCCAGGGCCAGCUGAUCUGAAGCCCUCUGACACGUCUCCCCUCUGACACGUCUCUGAAUGCUUGUGCUUUGUGUCAUUUUGUCACGAUACAAGUGUUUUCCUGUUGUCUCCGUUCUUGGGAGUUCGUUCUGUCUCCCAGAAUAUUUUCUGAUUCCUUCUGGAAAGGAUAAUGUCCUCCAGCAAACCUGCACUCAUCUGCCUUGAACUUCAGCAUCCACAGAGCUUCUGACACAUGUUCCUUCCCCUUUAUCGCACCUCCUUUUUUCAAAAGGCUCAGUUCUCAGUUACAAGGUGAGAUUCUUUAGUGGACCGCUCAGAACAGAGGGUAAAGGGACACUUCUAUCUACUUUGCUCCCGUUGCCAUUUCUCUCCGGAUGGAUUUUAAACAUUGGCGUUUGUGUAGUUAAAUAAGUAUGAAUAAAACAAUGGAGAAAUGUUAAUAUAUGUACAAAAAGGGAAAUACUCACGUGCAUACUCUCUACUGGGGACAGGAAGUGUCCCUUUUAGUUAUGCAGAGUGCUUUCUUAAGAAGCAUAUAUGAAAAGAGCCUUUAUUCUUUGCUGUUUCCAGUCUGCAUGCUUUCCUGAAGUGUUACGCAUUGAUUGGCCUCUGCCACAGGAGCAGGGAGGGGGACAGAGCAUCCACAGGGACAGCCACAAGUUUGGGAGACAGGCGGGAAACUAGUCCUAAUUGAUUAAUUGGGUCAUUUCACUAUGUCGUGACUCUGUUAAUGGCCAUUGUUAGUGAGUAAAUCUUAAUUCAGAAGACCUGAGCAUUUGAGACAUUUUUCGGUUGCUUUUUAAAUGAGAGUAGCCGUUCUAGUCUAUUAAAAUGUCCUUUUUUAGUCAAAGGUUAAUGGCUCAUUUUCCCUUCAGUCUAGGGGGGAUACUUCCCUUCUCUCAUCCUUUUAACAAGUAGCAGAAUUUCUUUGAUACUUCUUUCACAGAUGUCUCUUACUCGUCAGCUGUCUCUUUCUUCUUUUCUACAACCAGCACUAUUUAGGUCUUACACAUCCCUCUUCUCUAUUGUUGCCUCUAAUUUUUGUACCCCAUUAACUUGGACUUGGCCUGCAAUGGAACUGAAUUUAUCCUCCUUAAGGUCUAUAGAAAGAAAAUGAUGGUGUGCUACUGCCAUCUAAUGGAGAUAAAGAAAAUGACAGUGGAAAAACAAAGCACGUUUAGGGCCGGGUUUUCUAAAGGAUUUUUGAUACCGUCCUGUGGGGGGAGGGGGUCGGGAAUGAUGACACAGCAGUUGCCAUCUUGAAAUCUGCCCUUUCCUGCGGAAAGGGUGAUUUGAAACGCAAUGCAACCAUCGUCACAAGGCCCCUGGACUAUGGCUGAAUCUUGACAUUUAGAAUUUGAAGUUGUUUUUUAAUGAAGAUGGUAGCAACAGAUUGUUGAGACAGGCAUCUCAUUUUGUCAAGCUCUUAACCAUUCAGUUAUUUUGUCAGGGGCCCUUAACAUUUUAAAUAUCAACCAAUACAUAGUUUUAGCUUCUGAAGAUAUUGGAAGAUUGUAUGUAAUACAGGUAUCUAUCUGUCGUGCUCUAGUAAUUUAUAUAUUCAGAAAGAUUUUAUAGCAUUUCUGGAUGUACUGCAGUAGCCAAUAUAAGCUGCAUGCCUUCCUGAAGUUGGUUUACUCUGAAAUGUAACUUUAAAUAAACAUUAUUCCAAAAAAAA